UCAGCUUCAUAUGUUGCUCGACUUAUUAAAGUUGAAAAUGCGUCAAGUUUAAACGAAACUUCGUUCUCUUCUUCUCAUCUGAAAUAAUAUAUUGAAAUGGUUAAACUGUGCAUACUGGAUGGUACUUACGCGCACACAUGCAGCCUACCCGAUGACUUCUGGACCAAUGAAAUCAGCCCAUCGCUCUCCGCGUAACCAGUUAGAUUGACGUGGAGGACGCGUCAAAUUAACUCCAGCAAACUUCACCCUGCGGGAUCAGACAAAUCCCUCUUUAACGGGAGAGGAUCACUCGUAUCCCAUUCUACCAUAGACAAGUUUGGCAUGUAGAAGUUUUGCAGUCGGAAUAGACAAAAGCUGUCGAAGUCUUCUGAACAUCUUCACACAGCAACCGCAUGCUGCAGCGUUCAGCCAUUGAAGAAAAACUGCUUUAAAGACAAGCAUCGCAAGAUCAAAUGGAGCAAACCUACGGGGAGGUGAACCAGCUGGGGGGAGUUUUUGUCAAUGGACGUCCUUUGCCCAAUGCAAUAAGAUUACGAAUAGUGGAGUUAGCCCAGCUUGGCAUCCGACCCUGUGACAUAAGCAGACAGCUUCGGGUGUCCCAUGGGUGUGUGAGUAAAAUCCUUGCGAGAUACAACGAAACUGGGUCCAUUUUGCCCGGCGCAAUCGGUGGCAGCAAACCACGAGUAACAACGCCGAAUGUAGUCAAAAACAUACGGGAGUACAAACAGGGUGACCCGGGAAUUUUUGCAUGGGAGAUCCGGGACCGUCUUCUCGCGGACGGAGUAUGUGACAAGUACAACGUUCCUUCUGUCAGCUCUAUCAGCCGGAUAUUAAGGAACAAGAUUGGAAACCUCUCCCAGCCUAACCAAUAUGAAAAUGGGAAACAAGCACCUCCGCAAUCCGGCCUCUCUUAUAACCAUAUAUACCCGUAUUCAUACCCCAAUGCAAUGUCUCCUUCCGGGACCAAAAUGAGCAAUCCUCCCGGUGUCCCUGUCACGGGUGGACAUGUAAGCAUUUCCCGUGGCUGGCCUUCAGCGCACACGGUCAGCAAUAUAUUGGGUAUUCGUGCUUUCAUGGAUCCUACAGCCAUUGCUAGCGCUGAAGGAUACGCACCAAAAAUGGAGGACUGGGGUAGUGUCAAUAGAGCGACAUUUCCCUCUGCUCAUGGAGUCAAUGGAAUAGACAAAUCGGUUAUUGAUGCAGACAUAAAAUACCCUCAGCCUUCGUCGACUUUGUCUAGCUAUGUCCCAGCGUGCGCUUACUCUCCUUCCAACCAGUACGGCGUGUACAGUGGUCCAGCAGGCAGCUAUGUGAGCCCAGGGCAUCACUGGCAGGCCCAGGGCACCAGCCUCUCCCACCCUGGCGGUGGCGUAGCGAUGCACCCGAGUGACAUUCAUUCUUCUAUGGCGUUCAAACAUGCAGUAAGAGAUGGAGACAGAAAACCACCGAGUCCCCUAAGCAAGCAGCAGCACGAAGCCUUGAGCAGUAUACACGGACUCAGUCUUUCUACCUCAUCCUCGUAACAGCACAGAUACAUCAGUUUAGAAUUGAUUCCCAUUUCAAGAAAGCAAACCGUAAGUUCAACCAAUGCACAUCUUUCGACGGUGAUGUCCUGUUCGAGCCCAUGUUCAGCGCUCUCUGGGAAUAAGAUCUUUGUAAAGCCGAAUGAAUGUAUACGACUUUGUUCUUUACUGUAAUUAUAACUGUCUCCAGGCUGCGUUGUUUGGUGGUUGGCUGUUUAACCAAUAGUCAUACUGGUUUUGUCUAUGCUGUUUAUGACAACGACUGCAUAGGGGAUGCAAAAUAAGAUUUGCCAUCUUAAAGCUAAAUCACGCAUCAGUGCAUUUUAAAAGAAUGGAAUUACAUUACUUAGACUUGUACGUUAAAUAAACCCCUAUGUGAACAAAGUAAUAAAUUGUUAAUGUAAAUACGAAGAAAGCUUUAGUUAUAUAUUUUUAUAAAUUCAUGUGUAAAUAUGCUAAAUAAAGGUAUUGCAUAAAACGAA